UAUGUGUUGUGUUGAAAUGCUUUUAGUCAAAGUUAUAGAAAAUGUUGAAAUAUUCUUCAUUCAGUUGCUGUCUAAUUAUCGGUUGUUUGUUGCAUGCGUCACUGUUAAGGUGAGUUUGUUGCAAAUCCCCAUGGAAGGGCUUACUUCGUUUCAACGCUUAAUAACUGUGGAAAUAUAUUUCCGAGUUUGGAAUUUUGAAUGGCGAAAUUACUUUCAUAUGUUUCAACAACAAGUCAAUUUGGAUCAAAUAUUUUUCUGGCCGAAUGGAAACGGAAUUGCACAAUAUUGCUGUAAUUGGAGCUACAAUCUUGUUUGGUUUGAUUCGGAUGCUGACAGCUUGGAUAACGAUGAAACAAACAUCGAUGAUUAGAAAUAAAAUUACUGCAGAUGAAAUGAUUGACGACGCCCAGCAUGUUAUUGGACAGUUAUACACAGCUUUAAUUGAAAAACCAGUAUUUAAAUUUUAAAUUGUAAAUGAAUAUAAAAAUUUUUAUUCAAUAAACACAGAUUGCAAAUUAAAACCUUUAUUUAAAAUAUUUAAAAUAAAAAAACCGCCUUCUACAAUACAUUAUACAA